AUGUCGUCUCCAUCGCCCUCGUCCUCCUCAUCUUGCAACUCCACUCCCCAACCACCGAGCACGCCAGACAGCUCAAGCCAGAGUCAGAACACACCCGAGAACUCGACCCAGAGCACUCUCCAGCAACUCUUUGGCGGUCUUUGCAAGCAGAAACUCCUCGAGGAAGUCGACAAGCUCAAGGAAGCAGUCCAGAAGGACGACCCGCAAGCCGUCGUCAUGUCCGUCCCCAUGCUCCUUGCCCUCACCGUGUGUCCGGCCAUGCUGGGCACACAAGAGGCCAUCCGACAAAGUCAGGCAAAGUCCAAGCGUGAAGAGCAUCGUGGUCGACGAUGCAACUUGGUCGUCUCUUGUGUCAAGCCUUCCAUCAGAAGUCGUGACAUCAACAACAAGUUGGUUGUCCUCAAGGACUCAAAGCUUUACAUCGCUAAUGAACACCCGCUGUAUAAUCACGACCCCAAGAACAAUGUCAGCAAAGGCUAUGCCUUCUCAGGCUACUUCCUUCCCUUCCCUGAUACCGAGUACGAAGGCCUUGUCACCACCAUCAGCGAUGAUCCUCCUUUCCUGAACUGGAUCUACGUCGACAAGAACACUUACCAGGUCAAGUAUGGCGUCCGUGCCGAUACUGAAGGCCAUAUUACUGGCCCCUUUGACUGCACCAAGCAGGACCGUCGCAUGACAUGUGAAGGCUGGGAGGGCUUCUGCGCCGUCGAAGAGCUCCCCGGUAUCUGGGCCCUCUACUAUGACCGCGACGACGAUGGCCUCAAGUCCAAGGUGCCCAUGGGCACCCGUGUCCUUGAAGUUGAGCUUACCCGUCGUGAGAAGAAGGAGCCCAAGCCAGUGCCCGACCCCACUGCGCCCAAGACCCUCGAUGAAAAGAUGAAGCAGCACAAGGAGGAGACUGCCCGCGAGGAGGCUGAGAAGGCCAGCUUCCUCGAGACCGGACGUCACCCCGGUGCUGAGCCACCGUCACCUGUCCUCAAGCCGGAGCAGAAGACUGCAUCUCCCGAGCCUGAGUCGGAGCAGGCCAAGCGCGACCGCAUCAGCGAGGCCCUUCGCCGUCUCAACCUCGACACUAAACACAGCAAGACGGAGAAGACGACCGAGACACAUGAUGGCAACAGCAUCGUCACAAGCAUCACCCAGGACUUUUCGAUCUUCUCGGCUGCCAAGAAGCUGGCGGAGCACGCCAACAGUAGCGGCUCGGUAACGGCGGCCAGCUCAGUGUGGGACAACAAGGAGAAGGGCAACCACGACUCUGGCAGCGUGUCCAAUGGAUCGGACGAGGGCUCAUCGUACAAGAGACCUACGGUGGAGGAUGAUGCAUGA